AUGCUCAAUGUUCAGGAGAAAGAGACUACCAGUUGGACAUAUCUUGGAGAGACUAGACCUGGCAUUGGUCAGCCCUCUAAAGGAGAGCCCCGAGUCGAUUUGGGGGAUAACUCUAUUUUGGAGAACCUGAGGGAUAUGCAAGGACAAGUCCUAAUGCAAACCAACACACUUCACCAUAACUUGGAGGAAACUCGUGUCAUUGUGAACUUUGCAUUCAAACAGCAACGACACAAGUUAGGAGGUCCUUUAAAGAAUGAAUCUCAGAUUGAUGAUUUCAGAAACACUAUUGAUUUUUGUGGUUUGCAAGAAUUAAUUUUUGAUGGAGAUCGGUUUACCUGGCAUAAUAAUUCUGUCAAUGGGAUUAAUGUAAAGGAGAGAUUGGAUUAUGGUUUUAUUAACUCAAAUUGGAUGUCGCUGCUAAAGGUUCCAAUGGUUACUCACCUAGAUUUCUUCCAAUCUGACCAUAGAGCAAUUAAAGCCACAAUCUCGUUCCUCCAACAUGAACCUGCCCCUCAAUUCAAAUCCCGGUUCAGAUUUGAAAGACUAUGGCUAGAAGAUGAAGCUUGUAUGGAUAUUAUUGCCAAGAAUUGGAACAUGUCUCCAGGAAGCGCGAUCAAUCAACUGCUGCAAAAUUUUGCAGCAUGUUCCCAGCAACUCCAGCAUUGGCACAGAAAUAAGUAUAGUGAUCUGCCAAAAAAAAUAAAAAUCUCCCAAGACAAAGUAGCAGCUCUUAAUAAUUCUUCUGAUGUUAGCAGAUUGCACUUUGAAGAACUUAAAUCAUCUGAAAACAUUCUUGAUGAUUUGUUGGCUCAAGAAGAAAAAUACUGGCAGCAGCGAUCUCGAAUUUCUUGGUUGAAGUCAGGUGAUUCAAACACCAAAUUCUUUCAUCAAAAAGCUAAUACCAGACGUAAUGGCAAUAAGAUAACUUCUCUUAUUGAUGAUAAUGGGGUCACUAAAACUUCUCAUGCUGAUAUCUGCAACAUAGUGGAAAGUUAUUUCCAGUCCAUUUUCACUUCGGAUGGGGUUAAUUAUGAUGCUCUUAAUCAGGUUCUGGCUACUGUUCCUUGCACAAUUACGGCUGCAAUAAAUCUUGAUCUCACUCAACCAUAUACUGCUGAUGAUGUUUCCAAUGCACUUUCCUCUAUGAAAGAUGAUAGCAGUCCAGGAUUGGAUGGUAUGUCGGUCAUGUUUUACUCUAAUUAUUGGCACAUUGUUGGUCCUCUAGUUUCCAAAACUGUUCUGGAAGUUCUUAAUGAUGGUGCUGAUCCUUCAAUCUUCAACCAAACAUUGAUCACACUGAUUCCUAAAGUGAAGCAACCAACUUCCAUGUCCCAGCUGAGACCGAUUAGCCUUUGCAAUGUAUUGUAUAAAUUGGUUUCAAAGGCUAUCGUAUUACGUUUGAAGCCGUACUUGUCAAUGGUUAUCUCAGAAUCACAAAGCGCUUUUCUUCAAUCUCGCCUUAUCACAGAUAAUGUUUUGGUAGCCUUCGAACUUCUUCAUUCUCUAAAACAUUUGAAAAGGGGAAAAGAAGGUUAUGCAGCCAUUAAACUUGAUAUGAGUAAGGCUUUUGAUAGAGUUGAAUGGCAUUUUGUUGAACAAAUGAUGAUUGCUAUGGGAUUUGAUCAUGCAAUAGUGGAGCUUAUAAUCAGAUGUAUUAGCAGUGUCUCUUACUCUUUCACUGUGAAUGGUUCAACUCAUGGUCAUAUCACUCCCUCACGUGGUAUUCGGCAAGGAGAUCCCUUAUCUCCUUAUCUAUUCAUCAUAUGUGCGGAAGGUCUUUCUAGGCUUUUUCAACAUGAAGAACAACUUGGAAAUCUUCAAGGCAUACGUAUUGCUCGUGGUGCACCAGCCGUUUCCCACCUCUUUUUUGCUGACGACAGUCUUGUUAUUUGUCGGGCUAAUAAGAGAUCUGCAAUGGCAAUUAAAAGUUCACUUGACUGUUAUUGUCGUGCAUCUGGGCAAUGCCUCAAUGAAGACAAGUCUGUGCUUUCAUUUUCCCUCAAUACUCAGACGACUACCCAACUCAACUUUCAGAGGAUUUUAAAUUUGGCAAUCAAACCUUGUCAUGAGAGAUACUUGGGUUUACCUUCCUAUUCUGGUAGAGACAAGAAAGCUUUGUUUGGUGAGAUUAAGGAGAAAUUAUGGAAUUUGCUCUCAGCUUGGCAGGAAUCUUUAUUCUCUAUUGGUGGCAAAGAAAUUUUACUCAAAGCUGUUGCUCAAGCAAUUCCGACAUAUGCUAUGAGUUGUUUUAAACUAUCUAAAUCGCUGAUCAACCAAAUAGAGACAAUGUGUAAUAAGUUUUGGUGGGGUUCUAAUUCUUCUUCUUCGGGCAUAAACUGGAAAACUUGGAAAGCUCUCACUCAAUCUAAAGUUGAAGGAGGAAUGGGAUUUAAGAGCUUUGUUCAUUUUAAUCAAUCUCUCCUUGCAAAGCAGGCUUGGAUGGUUUUUAACAAUCCAAAUUCCCUUCUUAGCCGAAUCUUAAAGCCGAGAUAUUUUAAGAAUUCGUCAUUCUUGGAUGCUAAUUUGGGAUCCUACCCUUCUCUAACUUGGAGAGGGAUAGUUUGGGGCAAGGAAUUGUUGUUGAAGGGGCUGCGAUGGAAGGUUGGAAAUGGUCUCGAUAUUCAGUGUGCUUCGGACCCCUGGCUGCCAGGUUCAACUUAUUUUAAACCUCUGGUUUUUAGAGGAGAUGACCGAUCCAUGACAGUGGCACAUCUAAUUCAAGAUAAUAGGCAAUGGAAUUAUGAGUUGCUACAGUCUCUUUUCUUAGACUCGGAUGUUAUCAAGAUUCAAAGUUUGCCAUUAACUCUUUUUGAACAGCAAGAUACUUUGAUUUGGCACCAUGAAUCCAAUGGUCUAUACUCUGUCAAAUCCGGUUACAAUUUGGCCACAUCACUUGAAGAACAGCAACCUACUGCUAGUGAUCUGCAAUCCCAGCUGUGGUGGAAAAAGUUUUGGGCGUUAAAACUCCCAUCUAAAGUCCGAAUUUUCUUGUGGCGUGCUAUCCAUGAUUGCCUACCAGUUGCUAACAUCCUCCAUUAUCGACAUAUUGCUGAAACGGCAAACUGCUCUCUUUGUAGUCGUGGUGCAGAGACAGUAACUCAUGCUUUAUUCUUUUGCAAAAGAGCCAAGCAAGUGUGGAAAUUGGCUGACUUUACUCUUCAUGAAUUGCUAUACGAUAACAUGAAUUUAAAGGAAUUUUUUCUUCAUGUGUCCUCUUUGUGGUCAGCAUCAAGACUUGAGCAAUUUGCUACUAUCCUUUGGAGUAUUUGGACAGAAAGAAAUAAGGAGAGACAUGGCACAAAACCAAAAUCACAUGAGGUACUCCUUUAUUUUGCACUGUCCUAUUUGGAGGAGUAUCAAUCUGCUCAAGCUCCUUCAACCACUGUUAACUCAGCUACUGCAUCAGCAUCAGCUACUGCUACUGCCUUCAACAGAGAUGCCCCAUGGCUGAAUCCCCCUUCUGGCCGCCUGAAGUUGAAUACUGAUGCAGCCGUGAAUGCUAUUUCGCAGACCUCCGGUUUUGGAGCUGUUCUUCGGGAUAGUAAUGGUACAAUUGUGGCUGCUAUGGCCACUCCUUACCGCGGCUGCUUCUCUCCACAUGUGAUGGAAGCGUUAGCUCUCAUGUAUAGUCUCCAAUGGCUAAGAGAUCUUCAACUACCUGUGCAUUUCAUUGAGACCGAUUCUCUUUUAGUAGUUCAAGGUUUAAUCUCUUCAAGAGAGCUAACAUCCGAUUUUCAUUGCUUGUUGAACAAUAUUAAUCUUUUAGUUUCCAAUUUCCCUGGAGCACAGAUCUCACAUGUUUAUAGAUCUGCUAAUACUGCUGCACAUUUAUUGGCGAAGUAUGCUCUUUCGGUGGAUACUAAUUGUACAUGGUUGGAGGAAAUGCCUCUGCCUCUAAUGCCCUUUGUAUGUUGA